CUAUAAAUAGGAGAAUCACUAUUACUACUAUUACUUAUCAUCCCUUAUCAGCAGUUCCAUUUUCCUUCUUAAAUUCCAACCAAAAGGGGCUGCUGAAUCGCCCAAUAAAUGGGUGCUGCAAUUGGUAUUCCCCUCACAUUUCUCCUCAUUCUUGCAUUCUUCAUCACCUUAUCCCCUCAAAUCUCAGCCGUCAGUUACCCCAUUAACGUUUGGCCUAAGCCAACAGCCUUCUCAUGGCCCCAACCUCAAAUAACCUUACUUUCUCCGAACUUCAAAAUCCAUUUUCCUUUAAACCCAUAUCUUCAUCAAGCUGCCAACCGAUACCGUAACCAAUUCAUCAAAGAACACUACAACCCAUUAGUGGUUCCACAUCUCAAUCUGACUUCAUCACCCCCGUUAAAAUCCCUCACCAUCACAGUCACUGACGACUCUGCACCGUUAACUCACGGCGUCAAUGAAUCCUACACCCUCACUAUUCCAUCGCCCUACCAAUCGACGACGGCCACCUUGACGGCAGAAACAGUAUGGGGCGCGAUGCGCGGGCUGGAGACGUUUUCUCAGCUGAUUUUCGGCAACCCGUCAAGAUUGGCUUGCGAUUUGUAUAUCCACGAUGAACCCUUGUUUCCUCAUCGAGGGGUGAUGUUGGAUACUUCAAGAAACUUCUAUGGUGUGUCGGAUUUGCAGAGAUUGAUCAGGGCUUUGAGUAUGAAUAAGUUGAAUGUUUUUCACUGGCACAUAACGGACUCGCAGUCGUUUCCUCUGGUGCUGCCGUCGGAGCCGGAGCUGGCCGGAAAGGGAGCCUACGGAGAGGAGAUGAAGUACUCGCCGGAGGAUGUGAAGAGGGUGGUGGAAUUUGGAAUGAGAUAUGGAGUCAGAGUUGUGCCCGAGAUUGAUAUGCCCGCACACACUGGAUCAUGGGCUUUAGCAUACCCUGAUAUUGUAACUUGUGCAAACAUGAUGUGGUGGCCUGCUGGAGUAGAUUGGACUGAUCACCUGGCAGUUGAACCAGGAACUGGCCAGCUAAAUCCCCUAAGUCCCAACGCCUACAAAGUGGCCAAAAAUGUCAUCCAUGAUGUGGUCUGCAUGUUUCCAGAUUCAUAUUAUCAUGGAGGAGCUGAUGAGAUCGCACCAAAUUGUUGGAUAACUGACCCAGAAAUUCAAGCUUUUGUUGCUAAGAAUGGGACUCUCAGCCAGCUUCUGGAAAUGUUUGUUGAUUCAACCUUGCGUUAUAUCAUCUCCCUAAAUCGAACGGUGAUCUACUGGGAGGACGUUCUGUUGGAUGCCAGUGUCAAUGUUUCUCCUUCAUUGCUUCCCCCAGAGAAUGUCAUUUUCCAAACGUGGAACAACGGACCAAGCAACACUAAGAAGCUCACUGAAGCUGGUUACCGGGUUAUUGUGUCAUCCGCAGACUACUACUACUUGGAUUGUGGGCACGGAGGGUGGGUCGGAAAUGAUACUCGAUAUGACCAGCCACCUGGUACUGACACGGGGAAUGGAGGUUCCUGGUGUGCACCAUUUAAAACAUGGCAAACUAUCUACAACUACGAUAUCACCUAUGGACUAAAUGAGUUAGCAGCUAAUUUGGUAUUAGGAGGAGAGGUAGCAUUAUGGUCCGAACAAGCAGAUUCCACUGUUUUGGACUCUCGGAUCUGGCCUAGAGCAUCAGCAAUGGCUGAAGCAUUAUGGUCCGGUAACCGGGAUGCAACAGGAAGGAAGAGGUAUGCAGAAGCUACAGAUAGGUUGAACGAAUGGAGGAACAGAAUGGUGACUAGAGGAAUAGCUGCUGAACCAAUUCAGCCUCUUUGGUGCAUCAGAAACCCGGGGAUGUGCAAUACAGUUCAUCCAUUUUUAGCUGGUUAAUUGAUUUGCCUCUUCAGCUUCAUUGGUUCAAUUGCUAAUCUGUAAAGCUGUAAACACUUCUACUGAUUAAUUCAAAAAAGAAAAUCCAAGGAAAAUGCAAUGAUGUAACGAGCAUCAACACAGUGUUAGCUGCUAAGCCCAAAAUGAAUUGUAAAAGUUGGCUACAAUUCAACAAAAAAAAAAAAG